GAUAACCAUUAGCUUCCUCAAUACUCAGAGAGACACAGAGGAGUGUGCGCCGUUCUCUGGCAUCCAGUCUUCAAGUAUGAAUUGAGAAGAAAGAGUAUAAAAACAAUUUCUCUCAGAGGGAACCGUUAACAACUAGGUAACAGGCGGGCUACACUAUGGAUCAGAAGGGAUCUGUGAGCUCCCAUCAGGACACACCGGUUCCUCGAUGCAGCCUGGGCUCCAGUUCAGGACUGCGUUACGGCGCUCUGGUGAACAGCGUUUCAUCGCUCGCAACACUCCCUUCAGACAAACCACCCAUUUCAAAGAGACGUGCCUAUGUGGCCAUAGCUGUGCUCUGCUAUGUCAACCUGCUCAACUACAUGGAGCGCUACACGAUAGCAGGUGUGCUUUCUGAGAUCAAGGACUUCUUCAAUAUCAGUGACAGUACGGCUGGACUGCUGCAAACAGUUUUCAUCUGCAGUUUCUUACUCCUGGCCCCUCUCUUUGGUUACCUCGGCGAUCGCUACAAUCGCAAAUACAUCAUGCUGUGCGGCUUGAGCGUGUGGCUUCUGACUGCAGCUGGCAGCUCCUUUGUCACCAAAUCGCAAUUCUGGCUUCUGGUUGUGCUGCGAGCGCUCGUCGGCGUCGGGGAGGCCAGCUACUCCACCGUUGCUCCCACCAUCAUCGGCGACCUCUUCUCAGGGGGUCAGCGGAGCAUCAUGAUCUGCAUCUUCUACAUCUUCAUCCCUGUGGGAAGCGGUCUCGGAUACAUCACAGGGGCAGGGAGCGCUUAUCUCACGGGGGACUGGCGCUGGGCUCUCAAGUUCACGUCCAUCUUGGGUCUCGUCGGAUUCGUCCUGAUGGUGUUCUGGUGCCCCAACCCUCCACGAGGGGCAGCAGAAACCCACGGAGAUGGAGUGACGGGCCAGAGCUCUUACAUGGAGGAUGUAAAGUAUCUUCUGAAAAAUAAAAGCUACGUGUGGUCGACGCUCGGAGUGACGUCUCUGGCCUUCCUCACCGGAGCAUUGGCUUUCUGGUUGCCCACCUUCCUGGCCAGGGCUCACGUCACCCAGGGCCUCCGACCUUCAUGCACUACUGGGGAGAGCUGCAACUCCACAGACAGCUACAUAUUCGGCGCCGUGACGGUGGCCACAGGCAUUCUGGGAGGAGCUCUGGGCACCACCAUAUCCAGGCAACUCAGGGGCAGGUUUUCACACGCGGACCCCCUCAUCUGUGCAGUGGGCAUGCUUGGAUCAGUGCCCUGUCUCUUCAUCACCAUUUUUGUUGCAUCCUCAAGCAUUCCAGUCACUUAUGUGUUCAUCUUCUUCGGUGAGUUGUUGCUCUCUCUGAACUGGGCGGUCCUGGCUGACAUACUGCUGUAUGUCGUCAUACCAACCAGAAGGGCAACAGCCGAGGCUCUGCAGAUCACCGUCGGCCAUCUUCUCGGCGACGCUGGCAGUCCGUAUCUGUUAGGAGUGAUCUCUGACGCCAUACGCUCAUUUAAUCCUUAUACCAGCGACUUCCACAGCCUGAAGUACAGCCUCCUUCUCUGCCCGUUUAUUGGGAUUCUUGGUGGAGUUUUUUUCCUCAUCGCUACCAUGUAUAUCAGUGAAGACAAGAAAGCCGUCCAGCGACUGGUUGAAGGUGUUCCACCACAGCAUGGCCCGACACCGGAUUCCUCUGUGGAGCUGAGCAACAAGAGUAAUGUGUAAAAAAAAAAAAUCAAUGAAGAAAUUAGUCCAUUAACAAACUUUUAAACUUUGUUUUCUCUUUAUAAGUAUUUUACACUGUAUGUUUAUAAGUAUGUUCAUGUUGGCAGUAAAGGUUAUUCGUGUGUGUGUGUGUGUGUGUGUGUGCAACUUUGUGCCUAUACCUGCUGCUGCUCUCACAUGUAAUCGUCCCAAAAUCACCUUCCAUUUAGAGACAAAUGGAUACUUGCCCAGGAUACUUGAAAAAUAAGUGUAAUAAUUUUUUAUGUAAAAUAUUUUUUUUGUGUGUUUUAAAAACAUGAAUAAAACUAUUCUUUAAGCCA